AAGAUGGCGGCUCCCAUGGAGCUGAGCUGCUGGGGAGGUGGCUGGGGGCUGCCGUCAGUGCACCCGGAGUCUCUAACCGUCAUGGCUUAUGCCAAAUUUUCUGGUGCUCCCCUGACAGUGAAUACUAUAAAUAAUUCAUGGAGAGCUCGCAAAGGGGAUGUGCCAGUCCUCAUAUCAGAAGACAUUGUCAUUUCUCAGCCAGCAAAAAUACUAAACUUUUUAAGAAAGCAGAAAUACAAUGCUGAUUAUGAAUUGUCUGCAAAACAAGGGGCUGAUACACUGGCAUAUAUUGCACUACUUGAAGAGAAGCUGCUUCCUUCUCUGCUGCACACUUUCUGGGUUGAUGCUGAAAAUUACUGCAGUGUGACAAAACCAUGGUUUGCCUCAAGGAUUACCUUCCCACUGAGUUUGUAUCUGCCUGGAAAGAUGUCCAGGGAAGCGCUGAACAGGAUUUUGCUGACCAGGGGAGGGCCUCCACUCUACACUCUCCCUGAAGUGGAAGCACAAAUAUACAGAGAUGCCAAGGAGUGCCUAAAUCUCCUGUCGAAGAGAUUGGGAACAUCUCAGUUUUUCUUUGGAGAUACGCCUACCACCUUGGAUGCCUUUGUGUUUGGUUUCCUUGCGCCAAUUUAUAAAGUGUGCUUCCCCAGAGUACAUCUACAAGAGCAUUUGAAACAGCUUCCCAAUCUGUGUCGAUUCUGUGAUGAUAUUUUAACUUGCUACUUCAGGUUAACUGCCUCAGGCCAUUCUCCGGCUGGACAGGAUACAGCAGAUGCUAAUCUGCAGAAACUCACACAGCUUGUAAAUAAGGAAUCCAACUUGAUUGAAAAGAUGGACGACAACCUUCGUAAGAGUCCCCAGCAUCCCCCUCGAAAGCUAAAGACGCUCAAGCUUGCUGCAGGUGGAGAAGAGGGCAGUCCAUUGAAUCGUUUGUCACCUUGACGACUUGUUGCUCAUACACCUGCAUUUGCCUUCAACUCAGAAUUCUGAGCGCCACAGUAAAUUUUUUCACGUGAAUGUUGUUUCACAAGGGAAGAAUCUGCUUAUGGGUACAGCUAGGAAGAAAUAGAGCUUUACAGUCUCCUAUCUACCUGCUCUUUUAAGAAGUUGCAUAGUUCAGGCUGACCACACACUAAGCUGAGGCUAAAGUAAACAAGAGGCUUAUUCUUGCAGAUGUUAAUGUGGUUUUGUACAGCAUAUUUUGGCCUUUAGCCUAGCAGAAAUGUUGACCAAAAGUUAAAAUUCCACUUACAGAAUGUUCACCAUAAUUUUAUUUUGUGGCUUUUGAUUUUACUGUAAUCAUGUUACUAUAUGUGAGUGGGUAUACUCUUGUAUCUGUCUGAAAAUUACAAAGUCGAGUUUCAAAAUCAUUGAAAAGAAUGGAAGGGAAAAAAAAAAAAGUUGCUCUUUGUGGCAGCCAAGAAAUGAAAAACGAUGGGUGGAAGUUAAAUAUUUUUAUUGUACAUUCAUGAACACUUCUGUGUUUUAAGGUGGUUUGUAUUUUUGAAAAUAUUAUCAUGUUGUACUUUGACGGGGAUUGUUGGAAAGUGUGUGCAGUGUGGGAGCACAGUGAUGUACACUACUAGCAUUUCACAGGUACCUGGUAUUAGUCCUGAGUGAAGCAGGCUUAACCUGUGCAUAGGGGAAUGCCACAUGCUGCAGAACCGUUACAUGAGAAUCAGAGAGCACCAGUAGUGAGCUGGAGAGAUUUGGCUGAGUCCUGUUGGGAUGAGAGACUUGACUAGCAACUACACUGUGGUUCUGGAUUGAAAGGGACUGAUUAGGGCUUUAUGAGAAAGUUGAGAUAGGCUUUUAACUUUGUCACAAAUGCCUCAUGUUAGUUUUGUCUUAAUUUUUUAUAAGCACUACAUUUCAUUCAAAAACUAAAAAAAAAUCCAAAUUUUUGUUUUUUGACAGUCUAGUUCAGAGUUCUUUUAUCUCUGCAAACUUUAGUACAUUGCAGUGCAUAUAUCUUCUGUUCUAAUUAAGGGACUUAGGUCUCAUUACAUAUUCUCUUAGCAGCAGCCUUGCCAGUUCUAGAGACCCAAGCAAUUCCUUUACAAGGGAAACGCUGUCAUUCUCUACUGGCAACGUGCUGGCAGAUGCUUCAUGAGUGGGUGAAGUAUCUGCCAGAUAAGAAUUAAUCAAGGAGAUCAGCCAAAAUGGCAGUUCUGGGGAUAUAGCAUUCCCAUAUCUCUAUGUAUGGGAUGACUUUUUUUUUCCUUUUUUCAGGUCAAAUAGAAAUAGUCUAUAAGCUUCCCUUCAGCUAGUAGUCAUGUUUGAGAUAUAUAGAUAAAUUAUUUCCUAUUUAUAAAAACAAGACUGUAGAUUGUGUACAUACUGUACUUUCAGACUUGAUAUGUAAGGAAUGUAAGAUCUUUAACAUUUCUUAAUUAUAAUUGAAAUGUUGGGUUUCUAAAGAGCACUUUAAAAUAAUGUUUCAGCUCCAUGCUCUUACUAGAAUAUUUAUUUCAGUGAUUUGAAAUUAAUCUAGCUCAUACUCAUGACAGUUGUAUAAACUGACAGUCCACUUCAUCUAAAAGUAAGUCAGACUUUUAGAAUUUUUACUGCCUGUAUCUUGAUAAGGUUUAAAUGAGAUCAAGUCACAUGGCUUUUAAAAAUCUCUUAAUUUCUAAACAUGGCUUUGGAGAACAUGCCUUAGUUUGUUGCUUUUGUGAAGAUGUACACUCAGUCUCUAAAAUCUCUUUGUAAAAUGGUCAUUGUUCCAGAAUUAAAACUUUUGAUUUUUU